ACCGCCAUGAACGCUCGGGUCUUCUUACUAACCGCCCUGUGCAGCGUGCUAGGGCGAACCACGGCGGCUGGUCAGCUGAACCGAGUAGGUUCUGGGGGAGUGGUGUAUGCAGCGGCGCCCCAAGAGCGAGGGGCGUAUGCCGUGGCGAGGGCGGGCGGACCCUACAACUACGGCUACAAUACAGGGGACGGCAUCGCGAAGGUGGAGGUUCGUCAGCCCACGGGCACUGUCGUCGGCUCCUACAGGUACUUCGACCCCAACGGCAAACAGGUGGUUCGUUCGUACAUCGCAGACGAGAAAGGCUUCAGAGUACUAGGGAACGACCUGCCCAUCAGCCCCGACACACCUGCCUCGCAUGUGCAUGGAACCCCUGCCUUCACCGGCGCAGUUGAAGGCACGAGUGAGUUCGACGUCCCGCCUCCUCUGACUCCCAACGCGCAGUACCAAACGACCCAGGCUGUUAACGUUCCUCAGACGCAGGGGCCCCAGUUCGUACAGCAAGAGGCUCUGCAACAACAGCAGAGCGCUCUCUUGCAGGAGCAGCAACGCCAGUUUCAACAGCAGCAGGAGCAACUGGAAGAGCAAAGGCGGCAGCUGAGGCUCCAGCAAGAGAAGCUUGAAGCCUUGCAGAGAGACCUCGAGCAACAGCAGCAGAAUUUCCGACAGCAGUACGAAAAGCAGACACAGCAACACAUCUCAACGCAGCCUGAACCGCAGCCGCAGCAGUCCCAGCAGCAGUACCAGUACCAGACGCAGAACACUCUCUCCGGAGGCUACACUUCACCUUACUACUACUACCCACACCAGUACGACUACGAUUUCCCCGCAGGCUUCGCUUUCGCAGGGCUUCCGGUCGUGAAGUCUCCAGUGGGGGCGAAGAGAGUACAUCCCGAGGAACUCUUCGCGGCAGGACACACGGCUUCCAGAGUGAAUAUCCAUCCGCCUGUGGCUCCUCACCGGAAUUACUUGACUCAGGACAACCCGAUCACCGCCGGACACACGCCGGACCGUCGACACCACUCCAACUAUGUGAUUGGUCUCGCUCGUUAAUCCUAUUUUUUUCGGUCAGUGGGUUUUGGAAUGUAUUUUUUAAUGAUUCCUGCAACGAGUUAAUGGACCGAUAGAUCGAUGAGUACUAAUUCCAUGAGUAUUUUGACAAAUGGUAGAGCUAUGUACCAAAGUCAUCAACGCCACAGAGCGUCUUUAAAAUUCAUCAGGUGUGGACGUCCGUGUUUGGGGGCUAAGGUGUGGGUGCUGACAGAAAGUUGGUGGCGGGCAGGGGACGAUGUUAUUGCGUGCGGAUGUUUGGAAUCCAGUCUAACCGACAUGUUACCAUUCCUCUUGUGCCUAUUAUAGUGUCACUGCUGAUGUCUCAUAACUAUUCUACCAUAACUCGAGGUUUUGUCUCUGCAAGUGUUUCCUUCUGACUGUAAACGAGACAGUUACUUUGGGCGUUUCAUCUGAAUUGUACACCUUAAAAGGGCAGUCACUGCAGGAGUUUCCCCUUCAGUGUAAACACAACAAGGGCAGUCACUGCAGGAGUUUCCCCUUCAAUGUACACACCACAAGGGCAGUCACUGCAGGAGUUUCCCCUUCAAUGUACACACCACAAGGGCAGUCACUGCAGGAGUUUCCCCUUCAGUGUACACACCACAAGGGCAGUCACUGCAGGAGUUUCCCCUUCAGUGUACACACCAUAAGGGCAGUCA